AUGGCCCCCACAAAGGAUAUUGCGCAUGGUAAAGAGCAGAAUGGUCAAAUUAAGCCUUUGAUGGGCCGCCACAAGAUGCACGACGAGGGUAUAGGGUGUAUGAUGAGAAGAAUAACAGUACUGGAAGUCAUCAAUGGAUCUGUUGAAGAAUAUUGGAAGGCACCAACCAAAAUCUAUACCCUCUUCGCCUGCUCCCAUGCCACGGAACCCAGGCUUAUUGGAUUCUAUGGAGUUGUACCAAGGAAAUUGAUUCCGCAAAAGAAUCUACCAAGCGUCUUCCCCGUGUAUGUAUCUGUGCUAGAAUUGCCGAAAGCACCAAGUAAAAAGGCCGAAGUCAGUAAGAACCUGAGAACCAGGAUAUCUGCGCAAAUUGCAUUUCAAAAAGUCUUUCCUCUCGCUUGUGACGGCAUGCUCAUGGAGAUGACCUCCCUGUCGAUCAUCAAACCACAGAGUGAAAGGAUUUUCCACUUGCAACUUGGUAACUAA